AUGACCAUGGUUUCCCAUGGAGCUGAAAGGCAGGCAAGUGCCUUUAAAAAGUCUGCCUUGUCAGUUGAACCAGUUCACAAGAUGGAUCGCCAACAGUAUCGAAGUCUGUUAAAGAAGAUGUGCAUGCCUGUUGUGAGAGGUCCUGAGAACAGACACGGCUUCGCCAGCUUUGAAGAGAAAAACAGUAAUUCUUUCCUUAAAUUCAAUCCAUUCACCCCUCCAGAAGGGUCACAUUACCCUUUAUUUCCACACAGGGAUGAUGUGCCUUUAGUGGAUCCCUGCUCAGGUUUUGUGAGUCCAGGAGCAGAUGCUGUCCUGCAGCCCAAUGUUGGAAGAGCUGUUGAAUCCCUGGUAGACUACAGUGAUGUGAAACCUCACCAGCGGGUCCCCAUCACAGGAAAGAGAGACCAGACUGCCCACAGGAGGCAGAUGAUCCUCCUGGAGGAAACCAGCCAGAACAGAAGAUGGAACGCCAGGGCUGUGUCAGCUGCUUCUGUCAGGGCACAACUCAGAGAUUGGAUAACCUCAGUGAAAGUUGCUCCUGCUUUACCUGACCAAAACCAUAUUUUUGCAUAUUGUAUGGAUCCCAGUCUGAAGGAAUCAAGUGAUCCUUCUGCAAGGUGGAGAGAAGAAACAUCAAGGGACUAUUUCUACAAAUCAAAUACUCAAAAAGCUUGUGAAGAAGUUCCUUGGGAUAAUAUAUUACCUUCCAAAAUCCAGCCUCCAGAAUCAACAGUGGAAGUGUUGGCUGAUCCUGUUUCCCAGUGUUUCACCAAAAGGAGAUACAAUCCUGAACCUGAAAUAAGCCAAGUUGUUGGAGGCUUCUGGGGCAGAUUUCAGACAAGAUCUUUUACCUCUCCACAGAGACCUGUUGAUUUUGUAAGCCGAAGCUCUCGAACCUGUCAUAUCCCUUUGUAUACUGGCUGUGUUGGUGCAGUAAAUUUUGAAGACAUCGACAAUGCCGAUGUAGACUUAAUCCAACUUAACCAUGUGCGAACUUCAAAGCCUCGCUACACAAGUACUGCACACACUCCAAAUAUCCCUGGAUACACUGGCAAGGUUCAUUGGUCAGCAAACCACCCGGCAAAUUCUAAUCUUCCAUCAACAACCCCAUCAAUAAUUGCACGACUGCAUGGAUACAUAGCAAAACAUGGAAGGUCAUCUCAGUAUAAUCACCAGGGACCUUUUUCCCAAAUGAUGACUCCAGUUAGUCCCCAGAAUUCUUUCAACAAGACAGAACGAGAAACCAUUACAGUUUAGAAAGUGUCAAUCCUUUUUACCUGCAUAACUGAGAGCCCCAGUGUCUGACAGUGAGGAGGAAGGAAACGUGUGAAGAUGUGUGGAUACUUUAAAUACGGAACAAAAAUAAAAUAACAUAGAAGUGGGUGUUUGUGGUAGUCCUUAUUACAAUAUUCUCAUAUUUAUGACUUGCUAGCGUUGACAGUUAAAACCAUAUUAAAAACAAGAGGAGUCGUAAGUCAAAGGCUUGAAACUUGCUCUCUGUACUGGAUUGCCUUGUUAAAUAAGGUAGAAAAUGAUGCUGUAGCUGUUCCGUCCAUUGGCAUAAACAUUUUGUGUAUAUAUAUAAACACAUACACAUGCAGACACACAUACGUAAAUGUAUUAUUAACUAAGAAAUCAUUACAGAGCAGCAGCCCUUCUUACGAGCUGUCCUAAGCGUGCCUUGUAAAGAUGGUUAAAUGUCACAGAGUGAGAUUUUAAUCUUUGUCUGUGCUGGCCCUGUGUG